UUUCUUUUUCUUGCGGAACACCCUUCUCCCUUCUUCUCUCCGGUCAUUCUCCAUUUCUAUUGCGGAGGCCUCGCAUGUGUGUCCCAAACGUCUGAAGCCUGAAACCUCAAAGUUUCUAGGUGCCAGUCCCGUGGCUUGGUUUGCAGAAUAGUCUGGACUCUCACACCCUGCUUCAAUCUUGAAAUUUGCAGAAGUUAGAAGUUCCAAUCUUAAACUUGAACCUCUUCCUCAAGGAAUCGAAGAUCCUCAGCUUCUAGAAAGAUGAACUUCAACAAUGUUAAAGUUCCAAAGAUGCCAGGGGGAGGUGCUGCUUCUGCUCUUCUUAAGGUGGGAGUUAUUGGUGGCCUUGGUCUGUAUGCAGCACUUAAUAGCCUCUACAAUGUUGAGGGAGGACAUCGAGCUAUUGUCUUCAACCGUCUAGUUGGUGUUAAAGACAAGGUUUAUCCAGAAGGAACACAUCUGAUGAUCCCAUGGUUUGAUAGGCCAGUGAUUUAUGAUGUCCGUGCACGUCCUCAUCUUGUGGAGAGUACUUCGGGAAGCCGUGACCUCCAAAUGGUCAAGAUUGGGCUUCGAGUGCUUACACGACCUGUGCCAGACCAGUUACCUACAAUCUAUCGAACUCUUGGGGAGAACUAUAAUGAGAGAGUCCUACCAUCCAUAAUUCAUGAAACCUUGAAAACUGUGGUAGCACAGUACAAUGCCAGUCAGCUUAUCACUCAGAGAGAGGCUGUUAGUAGGGAAAUACGAAAGAUAUUGACAGAAAGGGCAGCCAACUUCAACAUUGCCUUGGAUGAUGUGUCCCUUACGAGCCUUACAUUCGGAAGGGAAUUUACAGCUGCAAUUGAAGCUAAACAGGUUGCGGCCCAGGAAGCUGAGCGGGCCAAAUUUGUGGUAGAAAAAGCGGAGCAAGACAAGAGAAGUGCUGUUAUCCGGGCACAGGGUGAAGCUAAGAGUGCCCAACUGAUUGGUCAAGCUAUUGCAAACAAUCCAGCAUUCAUCACCUUGAGGAAAAUUGAAGCUGCAAGAGAAAUAGCACAUACAAUUUCAAACUCAGCAAACCGGGUUUUCUUGAGUUCAGAGGACUUGUUGCUGAAUCUUCAGGAGAUGAAUUUGGAGAGCGGGAAGAAAUAAAUGCUCACAUCAUAAACAGCGGGAUUCAUACAUUCUUUGUUGUCAACAAGAGUUCCUUUUGGUGGACUGUGUCAUUGAGUUGAGACAAUUUUCCUGGUAUGAUUUUUUUCAUCACUAGACUC